ACCUCCACCUCUCACACCAAAGCCCUCAUCUGGCACCACCAUGAAGGUCUCUGCAGUGCUUCUGUGCCUGAUGCUCACAGCAGCCAUCCUCAGCACGCAGGUGCUUGCUCAGCCAGCUUCUGUCCCCACUACCUGCUGYUUUGCCGUGGCAAACAAGAAGUUCUCCAUUCAGCGCCUGGAGAGCUACAGAAAGAUCACCGGCAGCAAGUGUCCCCAGAAAGCCGUGAUCUUCAAGACCAAACAGGACAAGGAGUUCUGCGCUGACCCCAAGCAGAAGUGGGUCAAGGACGCCAUCAAGUACCUGSACCAAAAACUCCAAACUCCGACGCCACAGUAAUCACCAAUUUGGAGACUAAACCAGAGAYUGAGACGAAACUCAGAGACGGAGAAAUGCUGGAUUCAGCUUCCCUUCCUAUGAUGCAUUCUGAAAUAAUCUCAUUAUCAUACGCAA